UGAAAUGCUAGAAGAAGAAGAAGUCGUCUUUACUGGGUGACAACUGUACAUCGAAGGAGACAUGGCUGCAAGGUUAAUGCUCCGUUCCGGGCUUAGAGCCGCGACAACCUGCCGGGCUGUGCGGGCUCCGGCUCCCGCUCUGAGCCGCAGCAUGGCGGCUGGAGGCAUUCCCACUGAUGAGGAGCAGGCUACUGGACUGGAGAAGGUCAUCAUGAAGGCCAUGAAGGAGGGAGCGGAUCCUUACAACAUGAUGAAGCCAAAGAGCUACGCUGGCUCCAAGGCCGACCCCCACCUGGUUCCCUCCAUCACAAACAAGAGGAUUGUGGGAUGUGUUUGUGAAGAAGACAACACUGCCGUGGUCUGGUUCUGGCUUCAUGAGGGCGAGGCCCAGCGCUGCCCAUCCUGUGGUGCCCACUACAAACUGGUGCCCCAUGAUCUCCCCCACUAAUUUAUACAGUGUCUUUUAGUAGAAAUAUAUAUAUAUAUAUAUAUAUUGGCUUUUCUUUAAAAAAUCCUUUUACCUCCAGAAGAAGAAAACUCUGACUGAUUUAAUGUUUCACUGUGCUUGAAGACAUUGUCUUUUUGGCUUGGUGCUUUCCCUGGUCUGAUGUUUAUCUCUUCUGUUUUAGCACUCGAUCCAUCUGUUAACCUCAGAUUUUGCUUUAAACGUUACAUUUCCAAACAGCUCAGAUGUGUUUUGGGACCUUCGGCUUCAGUUUACAUGGACAGUUGUACUGUAUGAUGUUACACUCGGACCACUCUUCUUAUUGAGCCAAUAAAAUGCUGAACUCA